GCAUCGAUAUAUCUUCCUCAUUUAGGGUUCUGCUGCGACUUUUCCUUCUUCUCCGUAUCUCUUUCUCUGCUUCCGUCACGGGAGCCGAUAUGUAUUGUUCUCACUAGGAACCUCGUUACUCUGAUUGGAUUCGAUCGUCAAUCGAUCUCCAUUUCAUUAAGCGUUUAGGGAUUUCGGAUUCUCGAGUUUCUUUUUUUGAUAUUUAGGUAGCGUAUUUAGGGAUCGAAUUUCUCCGAGACAAAUCUUGUGUUUAGAAUCUGAUUCACCUCGAUUUCUUAGUUUGAAAGCAGUUAAUUAGAGGUUUUCAGACUAAUUAGGGAUUGGGAUUUGGAUACGGUAUCGGUUAUGGACGCUUUUGGAAUGGGAAGCAGCAUAAAUCAAGCUCCCGGAACCGAGGAUCUUAAGAAAGUUGGAGACAAUCCUACAGGUAAUUCGGUGUUUGAUGCAUCUCAGUAUGCCUUUUUUGGGAACGAUGUUGUCGAGGAAGUUGAGCUAGGUGGAUUGGACGAGGAAGAUGAGAUAUUGUCUUUCACUGGAAUAGGCGAAGACUUUUCAUUUGAUAAGGAAGAGGUUGAAGAUUCAAGACCUUUUUCGGACGUUGAUGAUCUUGCUAAUACCUUUUCAAAGUUGAAUAGGGAUCCUGAUGUAUAUAGAAACACGGGACCAAUCACUGACAGGCGAUCAAUACAGAAUUCUUUAGCACCUGAGUGGACUCGUGGGGAGGAGUUGCCAGAUUGGUAUGGCCAGCAGAUACUAGAUUCUGAUGCUAUCAAAGAUGACAAGGCGUUGUCGGCACAGCCUUUUUCGGCUCUCGACCCUAACAGAACAACACCGUAUCUCGAACCACAACGUCAGCUGCAUCAAAACCACAAUCAACAACAGUUUCCCAGUGAACCAAUUCGUGUCCCGAAGUCAUCUUUUGUUUCAUACCCGCCUCCAGGCAGCAUAUCACCAGAUCAGCGUUUAGGACACCCAAAUAUACCUUAUCAUUCUGGUGGGCCUCAAAUGGGAUCGCCCAACUUUUCUCAGUUUCCAAAUUUGCAGCCUCCGUUGACUGGCAUGCAUCGUGGAUCUCCCCAGCUCACUGGAAACAUGUCUCAGUUUCGUCCUGCUCUUCCUCUGAAUAAUCGCCCUCCGGCUCAAUGGAUAAAUCGACAAAAUAUGCAUUCUGGUGAUAAUGCUGGGAUCAUGAAUAACGCGAUGCUACAACAGCCGCCUCAUCAAAACGGUUUGAUGCCCCCUCAGAUGCAGGGAUCUCAGAAUAGGUUACAACAACAUCCAAUGCAGCCUCAGUUAUUUAGUCCCCAUCUUUCUCGAUCAUCAUCCACUGGAAAUUAUGAUGGAAUGCUUGGGUUUGUUGAUCCGAGGGAAGCAAGACCAGGGUCGGCUCAAGGCAACAGACAGAACUUGCGUUUUCAUCAACAAGGCUUUGAUGGUGGCGUUCAGAGGAGAUAUAGUGGGCGGCCUCCAUUCCGGUCUAAAUGUAUGUCAGCAGAGGAGAUAGAAAAUAUACUGAGAAUGCAGCUUGUUGCGACACACAGCAAUGAUCCUUAUGUUGAUGAUUACUACCACCAAGCCUGUCUGGCUAAGAAAUCUGCAGGUGCAAAACUGAGACAUCAUUUCUGUCCAAAUCAUUUGAGGGACCUCCAUCCGCGUGCACGGACAAACAAUGAGCCCCAUGCUUUUCUUCAGGUUGAAGCUCUUGGUAGAGUUCCUUUCUCUUCGAUCCGCAGGCCUCGUCCCCUACUUGAAGUGGACCCUCCGAAUUCAACUAAAUCUGAUAAUAUGGAGCACAAAGCUACCGAUAAACCCCUUGAUCAAGAACCCCUGCUUGCAGCUAGAGUGUACAUUGAGGAUGGUCUUAAUCUUCUCCUUGAUGUUGAUGAUAUAGAUCGUUUCUUAGAGUUUAACCAGCUCCAGGAUGGAGGAAACCAGUUGAAACAAAGACGGCAAGCUUUGUUGGAAAGCCUUGCGGUUUCACUGCAGCUCGUUGAUCCCCUUGCCAAGAAUGGGCAAAACCGGUCCCAGGAUGAUUUUCUCUUUCUAAGGAUUAUCUCUCUUCCAAAGGGUCGGAAACUACUUAUAAGAUAUCUUCAGCUUAUUUUCCCUGGCAGCGACCUAAUGCGGAUAGUUUGCAUGGCCAUUUUCCGUCAUUUAAGGUCAUUGUUCGGAGUCCUCUCACCGGAUCCCGAUAUCAGCAAAACCACAAACAAGCUUGCAAAAGUUGUAAGCUUGUGCAUUCACAACAUGGAUUUAGGACCGAUAAGCGCAUGUCUAGCAGCAGUUUCAUGUUCUUCUGAGCAGCCACCGCUCCGUCCUAUAGGCAGUCCUGUUGGAGACGGAGCUUCCACGGUACUGAAAUCUACACUGGACCGAGCUUCUGAGCUUCUCCGGGCUAGUAACAUCAACAACGCGGGCAUGGCUCUAUGGCGUGCUUCCUUUACUGAGUUCUUUAACCUUCUGAUGAAGUAUUGCAUCAGCAAAUACGACAGUAUCAUGCAGAGUUUGAAUUCGCAAUUGCAACCGCAUCUUGCUACUGAGAUAUCUGAUGCAGCUGCUCAAGCCAUUGUCCGCGAAAUGCCGAUUGAGCUUCUACGUUCGAGUUUCCCACACAUUGAUGAGCAGCAAAAGAGAAUACUAAUGGAGUUUCUGAAACGAUCUAUGCUAGGAAGCCAGAAACCGAGCCAGUCUUGAGUUGAUAGUAUCGAGAUGAUUGAAGCAGUAUAGAAUCAAGAAACCUUAUCGCGAUGUCAAAAUAUAUGAAGCUUAAGAGCAAUUAUUGUAGAAACCGCGACAAGAAAGGUAGAGAGAAUCGGUUUCAAACUCCUUUUUUUUUAUUUUUUAAUCGCAGCAGAGAGGAUUCUUCCUUCAAAUGGACAAAAAGACAGUUUUUGUGUCUUCUUGAGAGAAAGCAGUGGAGAAAAACUUUGGGUCUCUUGUACAGAGAAAAAGAGUCUUUAGCUUUGCAGAACGUUGUAGCAAUGGAGAGUUUUCAGGCAUCUGUGUGUUUCUGUCCUCUGUUUAGUUUAUCUCAUUGUGGUUUCGAUUUUUGUUUUUGAAACUUUUUUUGUGUUUUUGAUAAUUCGACCAAUAAACAUUUGUAGUUGAUGUUUUUGGUGAUGAAAGCUAUUUGUUCUU